AUGCCCCCGUAUGUCGCCCGCGAUGCUAUCCUGAGGACUUCGAAGACGCUUUCGCAUCUAUUGAGACCUACUAUUCGCUUUGCUCACACACAGCGCAGGACUUUGCCUGACUUCUCGCUUGAGGGCAAGGUCGCUGUUGGUAGUGCUUCUCAAGGUCUUGGUCAGCAGAUCCUCGCCGCCUUCGCCCUUUCCGGCGCCCAUGGAGCCAUUGUAGACCUUAAACAAGAAGGCGCCGACAAAUCAGCCAGUGCCCUCAUUGAAGAGGCUAAGAAUCAGGGCCUCUCGCCCCCGAAGGUGCAUGGCUACGAAUGCGACACAUCGUCCGAGGAAGGCGUCAAAUCUACGUGGGGGAAGAUUGUCAAAGACUUUGGGACCGUGGAUAUCCUCGUUACGAAUGCUGGUAUUACUGGUGGCGCACCAGCCGAGGACUACCCUUUCGAAGACUUCAAACGAAUGAUCGACGUCAAUCUGACUGGAACCUUCCUCUUCUCUCGCACAGCAGGUAAAUGGUGGAUCGACAACAAGGUCGAUGGCCGCAUCCUGAUCGUCUCGUCAAUGUCCGGCUCCAUUGUCAACCGCCCGCAGAAGCAGUCGGCAUACAACGCUUCCAAAGCUGCAUCGGCCCAUCUCAUGAAGUCACUGGCGUCAGAGUGGGCGCCGCACGGCAUCCGCGUCAAUGCACUGAGCCCGGGAUAUAUCCAGACCGAGGCUAACGAGGGCGAAGAGAUGGAGAAGCUGAGCAAAGAGUGGUUGAAGGAUAUUCCCAUGAAGAGGAUCGCCAAGCCAGAGGAGUUCCGCGGGGCGGCCGUCUGGUUGGUCAGUGAUGCUAGCAGCUACGUCACGGGUAGCGAGAUUAUCGUGGAUGGGGGAUACACUAUCUGGUGA